GUGCUCGCAUCUCGUUCGGAAGGUGGUCAGCAGCGAUAGUCGAGGAAAAGCGUGAAAAUCGGCGUAUGCACGGUUCGUGUGUGAGUGAACGAGAGCGACUUCACGUGUGAAGCAAAGGAGCGAGUGAGGCAGCGAGAGCCAGUGAAGUGAGCUUUGUUGGUGUGUGCGGUGAGCUAGGGCGAGAAGCAGAGAACAGCAGCGAGCAGCACACGUUCGUUCAGUAGCCGCGAGACAGCAGCAGCAGCAGAAAUAAAAAUUCCGAACGAAAAUGGCGUCGAUAGAUCCGCAGUCGAAAAAUCGAAUGCAAGGGUUCAAAAACAAAGGAAAAGAUCAAGAUGAAAUGCGAAGACGGCGAACCGAGGUGACGGUGGAGCUGCGCAAAAACAAACGGGAAGAGACGAUCCUCAAGCGACGCAACGUACCCCAGACCACAGCGGAAUCGACGGACGAGGAAGACUACACGCUACAGUCGAAUCUGAAGAAGCUGGUCGAAAAGGCAGCCAACAGCAGCGACAAGGACGGCCAGCUGGCGGCCGUGCAGGCCGCCCGGCGUCUCCUGUCGUCGGACCGCAAUCCGCCGAUCAACAACCUGAUCGAAUCUGGCAUCCUUCCCAUCUUAGUCAAUUGUCUGGAGCAGGACGACAACCAGGUGCUGCAGUUCGAGGCGGCCUGGGCCCUCACCAACAUUGCGUCCGGGACGGCCGUGCAGACGAACCAGGUCGUGCGGGCCGGUGCCGUGCCGCUGUUCCUCCGUCUGCUCGGUUCGCCCGCGCCGAACGUGUGCGAACAGGCCGUCUGGGCGCUCGGCAACAUCAUCGGCGAUGGGCCAACCCUGCGCGAUUACGUGAUCAAGCUCGGCGUCGUCAAGCCGCUGCUGUCGUUCAUCAAGCCGGAAAUUCCGAUCCCCUUCCUGCGCAACGUCACCUGGGUGAUCGUGAACCUGUGCCGCAACAAGGAUCCGCCGCCACCGGUCGCGACGAUUCUCGAGAUACUGCCGGCCCUCAACAUGCUGAUCCACCACACGGACAUCAACAUCCUGGUCGACACGGUCUGGGCGCUCAGCUAUCUGACGGACGGUGGCAACGAACAGAUCCAGCUGGUGAUCGACAGUGGCGUGGUGCCGAAGUUGAUCCCGCUCCUGUCGCACGUGGAAGUGAAGGUGCAGACCGCUGCCCUGCGAGCCGUCGGCAAUAUCGUCACCGGAUCGGACGACCAAACACAGGUGGUGCUGAACUGUGACGCCCUGUCGCACUUCCCCAACCUGCUGUCGCAUAACAAGGACAAAAUACGCAAAGAGGCCGUCUGGUUUCUGUCCAACAUCACGGCGGGCAACCUGGCGCAGGUGCAGGCCGUCAUCGAUGCCGGUUUGCUGCCGAAGAUUAUCGACAACCUGAAGCACGGCGAGUUCCAGACACAAAAGGAGGCCGCCUGGGCGAUCAGCAACCUCACGAUCAGCGGUAAUCGUGACCAGGUCGCACAGCUGAUACACGAUGGUGCCAUUCCACCGUUCUGCGAUCUGCUGAUGUGCCAAGACAGCCAAGUCAUCAACGUUAUACUGGAUGGUAUCAACAACAUGCUGAAGCUGGCUGGGCCACACUCGGAGCACAUCGCCAAUCUGAUCGAGGAGUGUGACGGGGUGUCGAAGAUCGAGAACUUGCAGAACCACGAGAAUCUCGAGAUCUACAAGCUCGCGUAUGACAUUAUCGAGCAGUUCUUCUCGGAGGAUGCCGACGAAGCCGUUCUGGACGAUCUGAGACCAGCGUCGGACGAGAAUGCGUUCCAGUUCACGCCGAACCCGAACAUUCCCCGCGAUGGGUUCAACUUCUAAACCGGCACACCAGAAGAGGUUACGACGAUUGGUCAGAAGAAGUCAGUCAGACACACGGAACACCACACACACACACAGACACAGACACGGACACAGGACACGCCACGAGAGACCGAACGAAGACUCAAGACGAGACGACGAACGUGCUUACGACGCACACGCGGCAUUCAUCUCUACCUUCCUUCCCAUCAGCUCAGGCUAGAGGCCACGAACGGCAGCGAACGAAGCGGCAUGAUGGGCAGCGGCAACGGCCGGAAGUGAAUUAGGGAAUUUAUACGGGACGCGAUCCUUUAUCGAGAGAAGCCCACGAAGGAGGAAGCUGUCCCCGCGCUGUUAGAGGGAUGCGUUAUGCGAUCUAUUCUUAAUUUGACACCCAUAACCUGGAUUCUGGCACUUGCCAAUAGAGGAUAGAGGCGGGUAGGGCAAUGCGUUUUUCCGCCACGUCUUCACGUGGCGCCACGGAUGGUUCUCCGUGUGUGUGUUUGAGGAAGCGAAACGAACGAACUCCACAUCAAGAAGUAAUUAUCUGUUAACACCCUUAAGAACGCGGUGAAGACUAUUAGAGAGUAAAUGUAUAAUUUCGAGGCCGAGUGAAGCACUGUGUUAGGCAAAGAAGAAUUCUAUUAAAUCCAUUAAGGCGGCGGGUGAAUGGAUUCAUUGCUGACAAUAAUAGGUUUUCGGCAGUUGAAUCCAUUCGCACACAUACACACACUACGCUCGUAUCACACACCUGUAUUUAUUGGACGGACUCUCGAUGACUUUAGUACACCAUUAGACCAAUCGACACACCGGCGGACGACGGGACGAGAUCCGAGACCGACUUUCCUCUUUCCAUACAACUCUAGAGAUGAUGUUCCGAACGCGCGGGAUGAUUAGGAGUGACUCAGAUCACGCUAGACAGAGAGGCAGCAGACGAUCACCGAUCGCGAUCACGAUCACGAAAGCAAUGUUAGCAACAACUAGCGCCAUCGCUUUGUGCGGUGUGCGCGAUGAACCAGAUUUUAAGAGGUUGCAGGAGGACGUGCCCGUGUUUGUACAUUUUCGAGCCACGGCACACCGGAACUCCGCGUCCCGCAUGAUCAACCUUUUCGCGAUCUGUCGAUUUUAGAGCACACGCGGCGGUGUAUUUUUUAACAUACUUUUUAGGCUGUUGUUUCGGGGACGUACGCCUCGUCGGACGGGAGAGAACCGGUAUGCUGCCGGAUGUGCCGCCGUGCUUCAGAAGGAUGCAGUGGUCAUCGUUAGGAAGGUGAUCCGUUUUGAACGGGAAGAAAUAGAGAAAACAGAAACGGAGAGUUUGUGGAAGUGCCACACCAUAUGGACGCUUUCCGUGCAACAGUUUUGUGAUCCUAACGCGCGCGCGCGUGCGCACCCGUGACCCGCACCCGGUUUCCGGCGGGUUGCGUGUGCUGUGCGUCGUGUGUGUACCGCGUGUUGUGAGGUAUGUCGCAUGCGGCUGCCAAAGACGAUAGAAGAAUUGGUGGACAAAUUAAUUUAACGCGUGAAGCGAAAUACGUGGGGAAUGCAAUUGACGCAAAAGCCGCCGGCCUUUUAUUGGUGACCGCCGAUGGCCAGAGCGGGGCAGAGAACUGUUUCGUGUCUUUUGUUGCGCGCUUUGCAAAGCACACACACACACGCAGAGAGAUGCAGAGGAGAGAGACCGAGAGACAGACGAUAUUUUUGUAAAAUAGUCCAUUUAUCGCAUCGUUUUUUGUUGUGUUUUUUAAUUGCAAUUUUCACUGCGCGCCGCGCAGUCGAUGACCCCCCGUUCCGAUGGGAUGGGAACCAGGGCGGGCGGCAGAGAUCACACGCACGCCCAACCUGGUGCAGCGCGCACAGUUAACAUAUGAGACACCGCGGAUCGCGCAGUAAUAUGUAAUUUAUUUUGUAUGUCUUACCUAGGAACCAGAAUUGACGAGCUUUUCGAAGAAGAGAACACGAAGACGCGCCGGUGCGAUCCGUGGUUCUGGCGGCGAUCCUUGUUGUGAUGGAUCGAUUGUGUAGAGGGAACAAAAGUAAAACUAUUAAAAAUGGAGCGGCGGAGCGGAGAGCGAAUAGA